UUGUAUAAAAACAAAUUGAGAGAAUUCUCACCAUUUAAUCAAUUGAGUAUAAAACAUAGACUCAGCCAAUUAAAGAUUGUGAUUCAAUUAAGAUUAUACCUACCAUGAAAGACUAUCAAGUAAAAUUAAAAAAAUCUAUUGAAAAUAAAAAAUACCUGGACAAUCAACAGUUUACAAAUAUUAUAGAAUAUAUUUGUGAAAAUAUUGUGUCUCAUGAAUUUUUGGAUCUUGUUUUAAAAUACCUUGAAAUUUAUUCUCAGCAAAUUUCACUUAUUCCAAAAAGAUUAUUUAUUCAUCUUCUUUCAAACACAAAGGAAAAAACAUUACAUCCUUUAAUUUUAUUUUUGGUGUUACGACACAAUGAUAUUGACUAUGAUUUAAACUUAGACAAUUUACCAGUAGAACAAUGGACUUACCUUAUGUCAGCUUUGUAUAAAAGGCUCCCAGAAAUGUUAUGUGAUCCAGUUAUUGUAAGAAAUACAAUGAAUAAAAUAAAUACAUAUAAAAUGUUGAUAGACAGUCCACCAUGGUUUAAUGAAAAUGGAGAUAUUUUUAUAGGUCUACAUUUAAUUGGAUUUGAUGAAGACGAAUGUGAUGAAUUAUUUAAUAAAUUAAAAACCAAUUGGUCAAUAUUUAAAAUAACAAUGACAGCAGUUUCUUUUGUAGAUUUAGUUGCUGCAAAAUGUAAUAAAGAACUAGAAUUUACUCAGUUUUUAAUUACAACUCUUUUCUCUUUGUCUCCCGCAAGUGAUGAUAUUGUUUGGUUAUCUAAUCAAAUUAUUAAUAAUCUCAAAUUGUUAGAAAUUAAUUGUCCAAUACAAAUUAGUGAUUGGGACGAUAUAAUUAUGAAAGCUGUAAAAUAUGGUUUAGUUGAAGAAAACCCUGAAUAUUGUUUUAUAAGAGUCUUGAGAAAACUAGUAAAAAAAGCUAAUAUAGAUAAAUCUAUUACAUCAAAAUCUUUUGAGUUGCUUGCUGGCCAUUCACAGUUCAGUAAUAUAAUGUUAAGUCGAGAUGCUAAACGAAUCCAAAAAGAAGAAGUAUUAAAAUUGAUUGAAACCUUAAUUAAGAAAGAACCAUCAAUAAUGGCUGUAAGUCAUGUUCCACUUUUCCUCUGUUCGUACAAUGCAUCAUUAUCAGUUAUUGACCAAAUAUUAUUAAGGAUUCUUUUUCGUUAUGAAGAAAAUUCUAUACCAAUGUCUAAUUAUAGACCUUACUUGUGGGGAUCAUUUGCCAUAUCACAUUAUCAAGUGAAAAACCAUCUUAUAUCAAAAACAUUAAACAGUUUUCCUUCAACAACUGAAGUGCUUUCUUACAUACCUUUAAAAAGACUGAAAGAAACUAUAUCUUGUUUUCCUAUUAAUAGAACCCUACACAUUAAAGACCAAAAAAUUGUACAUUACACUUCCAAUGACCCGAGUCAAAUGUUUGACCCUUCAUUUUUUCUACCAAUGAUUAGCAGUUUGUUGGCCACUGAAGCACCAUUGAGUAUAGAAAAGUUUAAUAGAAGUGGUUGUCUGUCAAUGGUUUUGGCUUGUUUAGGCAGUUAUGACUGCUCAAUGCGUUCAGCUGCAUAUCAUGUUUUAACAUUACUGCGAUCUCAUUUAUUUUGUAGAAGAGCUGAAAACUUGUUUUGGGAUCAUUUUAGUUCUUGGGUUGCACAAGGCAUCCAAGAUUUGCAUUUGAAACCUCCUCCUCAACUGUCCAUGAUUCAAGCAUUGUUUUUAGGUAGAAUGGUAUUAGCUAUGGCUAAUCAUGAGAAAGGCAUUGAAUCUACUUGUUGUAGAAUACUUUUGGCUCGUCCAGCUGCUCGGCUCAAUCAUAUUCCGGAAUUAAAAACAUUUUUAACUGCAUUUUCUGGACUUAAAGAUAAAACACUUCACAUACGUUGGUUUUUUGAAAUACUUCGAGAUGGUACACGUUCUACAAGUGAUUGGCAAGUCUUAAAAAAUAUGGAUUUGUUCAAUUUAUUUUUGGUCAUUUUCAAAUGUGGCCAUCAAAAGGAUCGGUUAUUGAUUUUAAAAAUUAUGGAAGCUACAUUUCGAAUUCAUCCUGCAACUAAUGGAGGAACUGGUCCUUGGGCCUUAAGCUUAAUGGUUGCAAUAAGUAAAUACCCAAAAGAAUUAUCCACUGAAGAAAUACUUUUGGCAUUUAAAUGUUUACAGUCAUUGAGUGGAAGCUCAUACAUAAGUUUACCAGCAGUUGACUUUUGGCUUUUCUUAUUCUUAGAGUACGGAAAAAAUCCUGAUAUUAGUCCUGAAGGAUUUGAUACUUUAAAUAACCUUGUUUCCAAGUUCCAAAACAUAAGUGAAUUAUUUGAUAAUAGCUGUCUUAAAGAUAUAUUAAAUUGUGGAAUAGUUUCAAGUGUCUUAUCUGAUGAUGAAGCUUUUAAAUGCCAAUCUGUUUUAGAAUAUGGAAUGGACGGUAUUCAAAUACAAGAAUCAAAUAAUUAUUUAUUUUUGCCUACCUUACUGAGAAUAUUGAAAGCAAAAGUUUAAUUAGUAUUUGUAUUUGAGUUUUAAGAUUUUGUUACAAUGUAUGUGCAAAAUAAAUGAAUCCGUGUAUAUCCAUCAUAAUAUAAUGUAUAUAAUGUAUUUUC